UGGCUUGUAGCUUCACGUCGACAAUGAAAUCGUUAAUGUACUUCGUGUGGAUGUGGAUGCUGGUCCUCCUGCAAGGUGCCCUGUAUGUGUAGUGAAAUGUGUUACGUGUGGCGGUCUCCUUAUGAAAAUUGUUUUAUGUGUCACAAUGUCAAUCGCAACCGUGAACUGUAGGCUGCCAAAUACAAGGUCCUCGUGUCCACUUGAUUACUUCGGAUUGAAGUUCUGUUGCAGCACGGGUGGUUCUGCUGAAACGGGACUACUUUGAAAUUAUAAUUUAAUGAGGACUAAUUCAUUGGCAAGAAAGAAAGAAAGCACGGAUAAGACGACGGGAUGCUGCGGGUGUAAGUGUUUUGAUUCCAGAAGAACUGUGAAAUGACAAGACCAUAAUGGUCAAAUAGAGAGCAGGUGGAAACUGUGAAGUAAUUUGGCUUUCAUAAGAAUGUCAGUCGAAGUGGAAAAAUCAUUAAAUUACUGUCAGCGUGACAAAAAUUAUAAUGGAUUAUGCAAAAGUGAAAAUUACUUACAAAAUUUCCGAGGAAGGUCCCGAUUAGAAAAGCAAGAAGUGUAGAAGAGCUUUACAAUGUGACAUGCCCCACCAACUAAGAGAAUCUCGUAAUUGUGUGCAGUGUAGUACAGUACAUACUGAUGGAGAAUGACAGCAUUUCGGGAGUGAAAAUUACAAGUACAAAAGAGACAAAGAAAAUAAGAAAAAGCAAUUAAACUAACAACCAAAAUUGAUUACUCCCACCUAAGAUAUAUCGCUUAAUCGGAUCAAUGUUUCGAUUGGAAAAUUUAAAUGUCACUUUCAAUUCGCGUAUUUCCAUCCUCUGUCGGUGCCUGUGGGUAAGUUCGAAACCGGAAAGACGAUGAGUGAUGGACAUCGGUUGAUACGGUUCUACCACUGGGGGAUCGGAACGGUUGCCGCCGCUAGUGGCGUCUAUCGGUGCAGAUCGUGAUGUUUGCAACCGCGAAUAGCUGGUCGGAACUGGCUUCGGUAGUGUGUUUUUUUCAGUGUCGAGACAAACAUGGCUGAGGUCUUUGAUUUGCCUAGUAGUUAUGCCAGUGCGUAACUUGUUGUUGAGUUUCACACUCACGAAACGACGGAAGAGGCCUUCAAUACAAAGUUAACCCAGAUGUUUAAAUGAACUUUAGUGACUGCACGGUGUUGAAAUACACGAAAGGACUAACCCUACGUUUCAGGGGUCCGUUUGGGGGUAUAGUGAAAAUGUGGCAACUGAUAGGAUUAAUUCUACUAAACGCAGUACAAACGGGAUUAGCAGUGAAAAGUGGACACUCGAAAUCAAUGGCAGCCGGUCGCCUGGAGAACGUUACACAAACUAUUUCAAGGAUACUGGAAGGAUACGAUAUCAGAUUGCGACCGAAUUUCGGAGGCGAGCCUCUCACCGUAGGAAUGGAUCUAACAAUAGCUAGUUUCGACGCAAUUUCGGAAGUCAACAUGGAUUACACGAUAACAAUGUACCUUAACCAGUACUGGAAAGACGAACGGUUGGCGUUCAACGCGUACUCGAUAUGGGGUGGCGUCGGAGGAAGCAGCGGUGGGCAACAGUACGAUCAGAACGGUGACAUCAUGAUCGAGGACGACGGUGCCAAUGACGUCAUCACACUGUCGGGAGAUUUCGCGGAGAAGAUCUGGGUGCCGGAUACGUUCUUUGCCAACGACAAGAACAGCUUCCUGCACGAUGUCACCGAACGGAACAAACUGGUUCGGCUGGCGGGAGAUGGAGCGGUCACGUACGGAAUGCGGUUCACCACGACGCUGGCCUGCAUGAUGGACCUGCACUAUUACCCGCUGGACUCACAGAACUGCACGGUGGAAAUUGAAAGCUACGGCUACACCGUUUCGGAUGUGGUGAUGUACUGGCGCUCGACUCCGAUUCGCGGCGUAGAAGAAGCCGAACUGCCACAGUUCACCAUUAUAGGUUACGAAACUAAUGAUAGGAAAGAAAAACUAGCCACCGGAGUGUAUCAGCGACUGUCGUUGUCCUUUAAGCUGCAACGAAACAUUGGCUAUUUCGUGUUCCAAACGUACCUUCCCAGCAUCCUGAUCGUGAUGCUUUCCUGGGUGUCGUUCUGGAUUAACCACGAGGCUACGUCGGCCAGGGUCGCGUUGGGUAUUACGACAGUGCUUACGAUGACCACGAUCAGCACCGGAGUUCGAAGUUCGCUACCCCGGAUCAGCUACGUCAAGGCCAUCGACAUCUACCUGGUGAUGUGUUUUGUGUUUGUGUUCGCAGCACUGCUGGAGUACGCGGCCGUAAAUUAUACGUACUGGGGAGCACGAGCCAAAAAGAAAAGUAAAAAGAACAAAGAAGCGGAAAAGAAGGUUUCUCGUAAACACGAUAACAGUACCGGUUGUUCUUCGGAAGACAUUAUAGAACUGCAAGACGUUCGAAUGAGUCCGAUAGCUUCGCUAAGAAAUCGACAUUAUUCUAAUACCACUUCUUCGACGGGAGGAGAACCAGUAGAUCUAGCGAAAUUUCCACCUAGUUUUCGAAUCGCUCGACCCUACGGUUCCAGUACCCGCUCUAGUGGACUGCGUUAUCGAGGCAAUAGAGGUACCAGCCGACCAAAAAUGCUACACGCAAUAAAGCGCGGUGCGUCCGUCAUCAAGGCGUCCAUCCCGAAGAUCAAAGACGUCAAUGUGAUCGAUAAAUACUCUCGGGUUAUCUUCCCGGUGAGCUUCGCUGCGUUCAACGCAGGCUACUGGAUCUUCUACGUUCUGGAGUGACCUUCUGUGAACUAGCCGGAUACGUAAGGAUCGCCAGUAGCAACAGUAGCAGCGAAAUCAGAGGAAAUCUAGUUGCCAUCGUAGUAGCAAUGGUUUGUGUAUGUGAUGAGUGCAUCCCAGGAAGCAUGUAGUUCCUUAGUCUAGUACCGAACUCAGCCGUUGUUAGAGUUGCCCAUUGCACUGCACAUAUACCUUGAGGCAGAACCGAUAGUUCCCCUUCGCCGCCCUGCUGAGUUCUCGCGAGUCAUUAUAAUCAUGGAUAUUUAAUGUCCGGUUAGUUCAGAAUCAGUCAUCAUCAUCAUCAUCAUCAAAGUGUGAGAUGGAAAGGAAAAACAACCAUUAGAUACUCAUUACAAAUUAUUAGGAAACUUAAGGAAUGAUUGCAGUAUGCGAAAAAAUGUGACCAGCGGUGUAAAAUUAUACGAACAAACAACCUCCAUCAAAAAUUCAAUGGUAGUAGUCUCUUAGUAUUGAACAACAAGGGUAUCAAUUGAAAAUUAAUAGUCCAUAAAGCUUCCUACAACAACAACUAACUAUAGAUAAAGCAUUCUACAAAAACACAAUUAGAAGUAGGUAUCGCGAGUUGUUUAUUUGCGAGUAAUGUCAAAAGAACAAAAGGAAAUGUAAAAUGUUUAAAUGUACACUUACGUUACUUUAAUGGUUUAUCUUCCGUCUUCGGAACUCGACCGAAUGAACUCACGAUUUCCAGCACUCAAGAUCUCUACCAUAUCGUCUGAAUUCUGUCCUACAGCUGACGACCGCUUCCAGGUUUUCCAUUGAGCCCCACCUUUUCCAAUCACUUUGCAAUACUGCGUUCGAUUUUCAGACAAAAAAUCAUCGAUCAAAAAACUCUGAAGAAAAGUUUACUACUCUCACUGAAACUGAUCUCACAUGGCAAAAAAAUCAGUUGUGAAAAGUUCACCAGCGAACAGCGAAUGUUCGCACUUUGAAAAUAUCUGAUUCCUUAUGAUAAAAAAAGAACCGUAAUUUUCAUUUUAAAAUUCCCGCGCUUGUUCAAUCGGUAAACUUUUAUUCUCUCAACGUCGGCAACACUUUUAUACACAUUCUGUCAAAUUUUGACGCAUAUCGUACGAUUAGUUUUUGUUUGGCGUCUAUACAAAGAAGUUGAAAAUUUUUCGUGUGGUGAUUUUUAUAAUGGAUGAAAACUUAGAACAACGUGCGUGCAUCAAAUUUUUUGUUGCAAAUGGAUUUAAAUGUUCCGAAACGUUGAAAAUGUUAGAAAAGGCCUUUGGUGAAUCGUGUCAAGGAAAAACACAGGCAUACGAGUGGUAUAAACGCUUCAAAGGUGGUCGUACAAGCUUGGAUCAUGAUGAGAUCCCUGGCCGCCCAACAACAUCUGUUACUGAAGAAAACAUUGAAUCGGCGAAGCAAAUCGUGUUGCAAAAUCGUUCUGUACCGAUUAGAGAGAUUGCUGUGUUGUUGGGCAUCUCUUAUGGAUCAGCCGAACACAUUUUAACUGAUGUUUUGGGUUUGAAACGCGUCGCUUCUCGGCUGGUGCCAAAAAAGCUGAAUUUCAUUCAAAAACAGCGUCGUGUUUGUCGUAACCAAACGAAUUCUCGUUUUUAUCGUAUUAACAAAUCCUUAACAUGUCCGUAUCCAUAUAGAAUCCUACUCGCUCUAUACUUCAGAAUAUUGAAGAGACCUACUCGCUCAACAACUGCUUUCAUUGUUUUAUGUAGAGUCCUACUCGCUCUACCUUGAUUCAUUUUAGUUCUUUGAAUAUGUUCUUCAUUUAAUUAGAUUUAUUUUUUUUCAUUCAAUCUUAUACUGCAACAUGUUUUGAAAAAAAAAUCAAUUUAUGUUCUUACCUACCACCUGCGCCAUGUCGUAACCAAAUCUAAGCACCUAGAAAAGAUACGUCUGUUAGAAGUAAGCUUCGAUCACAGAAUGAAAAGAAUUCUCGUUUUUAUCGUAUCAACAAAUCCUUAACAUGUCCGUAUCCAUAUCAAAGAAGUGCAAUUGUUUAACGGUUUCCAUAGUUACGCAACUUUGAUUUUCAGUGGUGCCAGUUUCAUCAGAAUAAGAUUUCACUUUGGUAUUAUAGAAUUCAUAGAAUAUAUUUUAUUAUUUCAAGUACCCAACCUUUACAGCAUUCAAGCCUUUUUUAUUUAUCAUUAUUCAUUCAUCCUAUUCCCUACAGUGUUGAUGUGGCCAAAGAGAUGAUUUCCAACGCAGAUAGUGACUCCACAUUCAUCGAAUGCAUCAUAACUGGUGAUGAGGUGAUAAAUUUUCAUCCAUUAUAAAAAUCGCCACACGAAAAUUUUUCAACUUCUUUGUAUAGACGCCAAACAAAAACUAAUCCUACGAUAUGCGUCAAAAUUUGACAGAAUGUGUAUAAAAGUGUUGCCAACGUUGAGAGAAUAAAAGUUUACCGAUUGGGCAAGCGCAGGAAUUUUAAAAUAAAAAUUCCGGUUCUUUUUUGAUCAUAAGGUAUGAUUCUCGAACAGAAGAAUUUUGGGAAAUGAAUUUCUUGUGCAAGAUGUUGCGGCUGGGCGCCACACAAAAGUUUACUGACUGGCUACGCUCUUACUUAUGUGGUAGAGUCCUGCGAAUUAAGCUCGGCUCUUGUGUAUCAUCUUCGUUCUCAAAUUUAUCAGGAGUUCCUCAAGGCAGCAAUAUGGGUCCACUUUUGUUUUUGCUGUUCUUCAACGAUGCUGUUUCGGUGCUCGGAGUUGGCUGCAGAUUAGUAUAUGCCGAUGAUUUGAAAUUAUAUCUUGAAGUUCGCUCUAUUGACGACUGCAUCCGGCUUCAAAAACUUCUAGAUACAUUUGUCGCCUGGUGUCGUAGAAACUGGUUGAUUGUCAGCAUUUCAAAAUGCCAGGUCAUAACGUUUCACCGAAUACUGAAUCCAAUUCGAUUCGACUAUGCAAUUGAUGGACAAACGCUCCAGAGAGUUGACCAUGUUAAUGACCUUGGUGUUUUGUUAGAUGCCAAACUUACCUUCAAUCUGCAUCGUUCAUCUGUAAUUUCAAAAGCGACCAGGCAACUAGGUUUUAUUGCAAAGAUCGGGCGGGACUUCAAAGAUCCGUAUUGUUUGAAGGCGUUAUAUUGUUCUUUGGUUCGUCCAAUACUGGAAAAUGCUAGCGUAAUUUGGAGUCCUUAUCAACUUACAUGGAACUUACGGAUUGAGCGCGUUCAGAAACGAUUUGUUCGUCUUGCUCUAAGAAACCUUCCCUGGCAGAACCCGCUUGAUCUUCCACCAUACCACGAUCGCUGUCGACUGAUCGGACUCGACUCAUUGGAACGACGCAGGAAAAUUCAGCAAACUACUUUCGUGGCAAAACUGAUCAACGGGGAUAUCGACUCACCGAAGAUUUUGUCUCAACUCGAUUUUCGUGCUUCACAACGAUCACUGCGCUCUUCCAGUUUAUUUCAGCCGAGAUUUCAUCGAACGACGUUCGGGUAUUACGAACCGAUAACAUCAUGCUUGAGGACAUUUGGCACCGUUGAACACCUUUUUGAAUUUGAUGAACCAUCACACAAAUUCGUGCAGAAAGUACAGCGAUCUACAAUUUUAUGACUUGACUAAACCAAUUCAUUAAGACCAUUUUAUUGUCAGAUGAAUAAAUUUAAUAAUAAAUAAAUUUAAUAAUAAAUAGCCGUUAUGCUACUGUAAGCAAAAAAUAGUAAGACUAUGCUCCUUCCAAAUCUAUUUCGUCCCCCUCAAAGUAAUCCCCCCCGGUCACAAUAUUUUCCAAUCCUCGAAGCGUAGCGAUUUACGUUUGAUGUCUUCGAUUGACUGGGAACGGUUUCCCCGGAGCGGUCGUUUGAGUUCGCUGAAAAGCCAGAAGUCACACGGAGCUAAA